UUUCUCGUGACCACUUGCAGUCUUUUGUUUAAACUCUAGUGUUUGGAAAUCGAAAGAAAGAAGACUAUAUUCCCAUUUGGGUGUUUGUUUGUGGUUUGUCUCUUUUUGCUAUCGAAUAUAUUUCAGCAAAUAUACUUUAUGCACUGUAGGUGCACAAUAAUGAAAAGACAAGUCCAUUGAUUAAAUUUCCGAGGUAAUAGAUAUAGCUUUUCCUGAUUGAAAAAUUGCACAUUCAUGCAUAUUUAUUAUUUAUCAUCCUGACGCAGUGAAUGGCUAUAUAUUUCCCUUCCCAUUUCAUCGUAUACACUCACUAGUAUACAAUGAAACCAAAGGCCAUCUCCCAAAGGGAUGUAUUCUACAUCCCUCCAUGGUCGCGUCCGAUUGAGCUCCUGCUCUUAGUAAAAUUAGAUUGUGCUAGAGUAGCAGGCAAAUGGGUACCCGGAGAUCACGUUGGCAAUAUGCCGGUGAUCGACAGUAUUUGCGAUGAGUUAACAGGUCAUCCGUUCUUGUUGCAAAUUCCAAAAGCCAAAUACCAUGAAAAGGUAAUGGAAUGGUUGACUAGAUUUAUUCGCUUCCACUCCUUAUUGAAGGAUGAAAGGACUUGGUUCUGUGAAAACACGAAGCGCGUUUUUGCUACAGAUUUAUCUUGGGAAGAGAUUGGAGCCGAAAAACCCCAAAUGUUAUGUUACAUGGAAGAAGGUGAGGCAAAUUGGGAUAUAUUAAAGCGCCUAUUCUACGAGGCUGGGAUGUAUUCAUGUUCAGAUGAAGAUGAAUAGGUAAAAACAAAACAGUACAAGUAUUAUUCGCCUUGAAGUCUUGUAUAUGUGAAAAACAAUUUUAAUAUUUAAUUUGCUUAGAUUUUGUGAUUUUCUUCAAUCCUGUAGUGUUUGUAAUCUCUUUUUUGCAAUUUCUGCCCAAUUGGAGUAUCU